GAAAAAAAGAAAAUCAAUAUCGCCAAACAACCUUCAAUUUGCCUAAAGAAAUAGAAGGCAAUGGAUAACUGGUCGAGCUUAGGGAAGUUGUUAAUUAUGGUGCUGGCGUUACUGUCCAACCACUAUGCUCAUCGCAAUUCCGGUCUUGUCUUUGAUGUCCUCAUCUUCCUCUUCUGCUCUCUCAGCCUCGUAUUUCGCCAAAUGAAUAUCUCCGUCCCUGAUAAAACCUUGUCCUCGUCCUCGUCCUCGCCCUCCUCCACCUCCUCUGCCUCAACUUCAUCCUCCUCGUCCUCCUCCACCUCAUCCACCUCCUCACCCUCAAUCCCAUCCUCAUCGUCCUACUCCGCCUCCCCGUCCUUGUCCUCCUUCUCAAAAGGCUCACUCUACGAAGUGUUCAUAAGCUUCAGAGGCGAAGACACACGUAAAAACUUCACGGGCCACCUCCACGAAGCAUUGACAAAGGCCGGAAUCAACGCCUUUAUUGACGACGAACUAAGAAGAGGAGAAGAUAUAACUAGCGAACUUGUGCGAGCAAUCCAGGGUUCUAGGAUCUCUAUCAUCGUCUUCUCAAGACGGUACUCCGACUCCAGCUGGUGUCUCGAGGAGCUGGUUAAGAUCAUGGAGUGUAGAAGAACGCUAGGGCAAUUAGUUUUGCCGAUAUUCUAUGAUGUUGAUCCUUCGCAUGUCAGGAAACAGACUGGUUGUUUUGCACAAUCGUUUCUGAAACAUACAGAUGAAAAAAAGGUGGAGAGGUGGAGAGCUGCUCUUACUGAAGCUUCGAAUUUGUCUGGCUGGGAUCUCAGAAACACUUUGGACAAGCAUGAAGCAAAGUUUAUCAGGAUGAUUACCAAUGAAGUCACUAUGAAGUUGAACAACAAAUACUUCGACGUAGCGCCCUAUCAAGUCGGAAUAGAUACUCGAGUGCUAGAUAUCAGUAAUUAUUUAGGCAUCGGAGAUUCAUAUGAUGUUCGUGUGAUUGGAAUUUUGGGCAUGGGUGGAAUAGGUAAAACAACGAUUGCUAAAGCCAUUUAUAACAGAUUUUAUGAAAGGUUUGAAGGUAAAAGUUUCCUUGAAAAAGUGAGGGAAAAGAAACUAGAAAAAUUGCAAAAACAAUUUCUUUUCGAUAUCUUGCAAACCAAGACAAAGGUAAGCAGUGUUGCUGCAGGGACCGCCUUGGUAAGGGAAAGAUUUCGAGGCUUAAAGGUACUUGUCAUAGUUGAUGAUGUAGACGAUGUGAAGCAGCUAAGCGAAUUAGCUGGAAAUUGCCACUCUUUUGGCCCGGGGAGUAGAAUCAUCAUCACAACUAGACACGAACGUGUGCUAAAAGAAUUUGCAGUUGAUAAGAUAUAUCGGGCGAAAGUAAUGGACUAACAAGAAGCUCUUGAGCUCCUAAGUUGGCAUGCUUUCAGAAGUAGUAGUUGUCCUAGUCAAUAUCUUGUGCUUGAAAAAGAAGUUGUCAAUUACUGUGGAGGAUUGCCGCUGGCUCUUGAAGUUUUAGGAUUUGCUCUUUUCAAACGAAGUGUAAAUGAAUGGAAAAGUAUAUUGGAUGAAUUGAAAAUGAUUCCUCGUGGAGAAAUUCAGGCACAACUGAAAAUAAGCUACGACGGACUAAAUGAUAAUUACAAGAGACGGAUAUUCCUCGAUAUAGCUUGUUGUUUUAUCGGAAUGGACAAGAAUGAUGUCGUGCAAAUCUUGGAUGGUUGUUGCUUUUAUGCAACAACAGGAAUUGAGGUUCUCCUUGACCGGUGCCUUGUAACUAUUAAUAGAGAAAACAAGAUCAUGAUGCAUGAUUUGCUUCGGGAUAUGGGCAGAGAUAUCGUGCAUGUAGAAAAUCCCGAUUUCCCUGGAGAACGGAGUAGAUUGUGGCAUCGUGAAGAUGUAAAUGAUGUAUUGAUAGACAAAUCUGGAACUGAAACAAUUGAAGGUCUGGCUUUGAAUUUAUCGAGUCUUGAAUAGGCUAGUUUCAGUACUAAGGCGUUUAGAAAUUUGAAGAGACUAAGAUUGCUCCAACUAAACUACGUUCGGCUAUUGGAUUUCAUACCAAUAGAACUGUGCCAACCAAACAUAGUCGCUAUCGACAUGCAGUACAGCAGCCUCAGACAAGUUCUUUGUGAGUAUUCUGGAUUGUUUGAUAAGUUGAAGAUUCUGAAUCUCAGCCACUCCCACAAUCUAACACAAUCGCCAGACUUUUCGAAAUUCCCAAAUCUUGAGAAAAUUAUACUCAAAGAUUGUAAGAGGUUGGCUAAAGUUCACAAGUCCAUCGGAGAUCUCAAUAGUCUUGUGUUGGUGAAUUUGAAAGACUGUGAAAUGCUUAAGGCUCUUCCGAGAAGUUUCUACAAGUUGAAAUCUGUCAAAACUCUUGUUCUUGAUGGUUGUUCAAGAUUCCAAAGCUUGUCUAAGCACUUGGGAGAAAUGGCAUCAUUGGUCACUCUUUAUGCAGGUGGAACGGCCAUAAAAAAAGUACCACCUUCCAUCAUCCGACUAGAGAAGCUCGAGCGCUUAUCUUUGAGUAAAUUGAAGUGUUCGUUGCACCUACCUUCAUUACGAGGUUUACGCUCUUUGACAAGCUUAAUUUUGGAGGACAGCAAUAUAGAAGAAGUGCAUAAUGAUAUUGGGAGUAGUCUACCUUGUUUAGUGGAGUUACGUCUAGAUGACAAUAAUUUUGGGAGCCUUCCAAGCCUCAGUGGCCUCUCCAAGCUUAUUAUACUAUCCUUGAAUGGUUGCAGAAACCUUGUCGAGAUUACAGAUUUACCAAAAAGUUUGGGUUUCCUGCACAUGGACGACUGCUCUGCAUUCGAAAGAAUGCCAGAUUUUUCAGGCAUGUCGACAACGGUGAUUCUCUUUUCCCUGAAACUCAUUAAGUUUCCAUGCUUGGAUAGUGCGUUAAACUCGGGACUCACACUUUGUAUGAUAACACACAACAAUGUCACAAAUUUCCUUCUUAAGGAUAGCACGAUACAGGGAUUGACAGGAGGUGGAACCAUGACUCUUGUAGGAAGACAAAUUCCCACUUGGUUCAAUCAUGUCAACGAGGGUUCCCAAGUUUCUUUUGAAGUGCCUACGGAAAUUGGUUGUAAUGCAAAAGUGUUGGCUGUGUACCUGGCUUCUAUUCCUCAUGAUUACGUCAGCUCAUGUUAUAUUUAUGUUAUGAAUCACACCAAGGGUACUAGUUUUUAUGUCGAAAUAGUAUAUAUUUUUCCCCUUGAAGAGAUCCUUUGGUUGGGAAAUUUAUCGUUGUUGGAAACUGAGUUCAAUUUGGAAGAAGGCGAUUUGGUCCAUGUUAUUGCACAUUGUCCGACGAAGAAAAUAGGGGUACGUAUAGUAUGCGACAAACUUAUGACUUUCGAAGGUUCGUUCUUAGUUUACCAUUGUAUCCCUUACGAACAUGCCUUAGAAGAAAUUUCUACCGAAGUUGAUGAUUUUGAUGAGCAUUAUGAAGAUGAAGAUUUUAAUGAGGAUGAUGACAACACGAUGAGGAUUUUGAUGAGGAUGAUGAGGAGGAAGAGGAACAAAACGAAGAUGAGGACCAACAAGGAGUGGAUGCUAAUUAUGAAGAUGAUGAUGAGGAGGACCAAGACGACGACAACUAUGUAAGCUUGGAAACCUUCUGGUUUAAGCAGCUAGUUUGCAAAUAGAGUCUAUAUUUUUUUGCAUGCCUUGAUCUGUUUUUAAUAUGUUCUCUCUUUUUGAACUUUCUUGUUUCUGUGGUGGUUUAAUUUAACUUAUUAAUGCAUUUAAGGUUUUUAAUAUGUUCAUAGAA